GAUCAUAAUAGAAGAAGAGAACGCGCAUGCGCAUUAAGCACCUUGUCUUUAGGAGAUGAUGGCGAAUGUUUUGAAGGAGCUCAGGGACUAACGAUGUCGGGUUUCCACCGUAACGAUUUUACGAUUAUUUCAUUUUAAUGCAAAAUAAAACAACCGCCGAUGCCGUUUGACGUACAAUAAAACUUUGUGACCAAUUUUGACUUUCCGAGAUAUUAAACGAGCGAAAAGCAGCUAGCUCUGAGGCCUAGCUUAGCUAGCUAGCGCAGUGUUUUCGUUCUCCAAGUUGCCGCCGCGCUGUUCGUUGGCUCUGAAAUAGUCUCGCCGAGGAUUAUAUUAUUGUUAUCGAGGCCACAGUAAACGAAUACCGAUUUUAUCUUGGAUUAGACUAAAUCGAGCUUGCGCUUUCGCAGCGAUAGCAGCGGACCUUCAUGUCCGCGGGGCUCCAUAGGGAUUUCCUGCCCUUCUGGACCAAACAUGUCUCUAGUCGCUUACGGUAGCAGUGAUGACAGUGACUUGGAGGAGAGCUCGACCUCCGCCGCCGCAGACGGCAAACGGAGCGGAGGAGGGCGGCUGUUCUCGGUGCUGCCCGCUCCUCAGAAAACGGCCCGGGCCGAGAUGAUGAUGGAGGGAGCAGACAGAGGGAUGAGAACCAGGCCCGCAGCGGCCGGCGGCGCGUUCAGCGAUGGACUCCACGUCACGCCGUCUACAGGAGGGAUUUUCUCCACUUUACCCAAACCGAGGAAACGAUCCGAGCCCGUCCGGAUCGCUGCGCCACAGGUCCACAGACAUGACUCUGAUUCUGAUGAGGACGAACCAUCAAGAAAAAAGGUGCAAACGCAGGGUUCAGGUGUCGGUCUGUCGUCGAUUCUCCCACAACCUAAGAACCUGACGGUGAAGGAGACCGACAGGCCUCUGAUCCCGCACGCGCUCACCAAACGCCAGGAACCCAGAGGAGCCAAAGCCGCGGUUGCUGCUCAGGGUCUGCUGGGUUCCAGCGCGUCUCCCUCUGCCAUCAAGGCUGCAGCAAAGUCUGCAGCUCUCCAGGUGGCUCGGCAGAUCGCCACGGACGACCAGGAUCACGAAGACGACAUGGCCCCCCAGAAUUACUUUUCUUUAGAGGAGAGCUCGGAGCCUCCCUCUGCUGCCGUCCCGGCUGUGGAUCCGGAGCCGGGACCUCCUUCUGAAGCUCUUCCGUAUGCACUCGCUGAGGAGCCGGGACAGUCUGACGCCCCUCUCGACUUUGGAGGCAACCAGGAAGCAGCGGGUGCAUGGGGGGGUCAGUAUCAACCCAUGCCAUGUCCAGAGGAUUUCCCUCAGGGAUACUACAAUGAUCCGUAUUAUCAAGAGCCCAACCCGGGACAGGCAGAGGAGCCGGAACAGUCGGACAUGUUUGAUGAUGAAGGGUUCAUGCGGUUGCAGGGGAAGAGAAACCGGGGCAAAGAGGAGAUCAAGUUUCUGGAGAUCAAAGGAGACGAUCAGCUGAGCGGCAAUAAGCAGUGGAUGACCAAAGGCGUGUCGGAGGAGAAGCAGACCCGCCAGUCCUUCAGCAAGAAGAGAGGAGGGCAGCCAACGGGACAGCAGAGGCGGAAGCACCAGAUCACCUAUCUCAUUCACCAGGCUAAAGAACGAGAACUGGAGCUGAAGAACAACUGGGCGGAGAACCGGCUGACGCGCCGGCAGACGCAGGCCAAAUACGGCUUCUGAACGACCACACUGGAAUCUGGAGGGAUGGACACGUUUUCCUGAUUCCCCCUCCUGGAGGGAAACCAAAUGUUUCCAAAUUAAGAGUCAACGGUUCCUUUUUCCUGUUCUUCAUCCCACGUUGUACUGAACCUUUACUAUUCACUAGUCUUUUGUUAAAUGUAUGAAAGUAGUGGUCUUAUAUUUAUCUACUGGCACAGAAAUGUACAGUAAACGUAUGGAAAGAACGCUCCAUGGGCCGGUAGAGGGACCUGGAUGGGAUCAUGUUUUUCCAUCUGUGAAUAUUUCCCGUUGGUGCUGUAGUCUUUGCUUUUGCCUCCUGUUUUCACCCAAACAGCUUUUUAACGACUCAACUGAUCGAUCAAUAAAGACGAGCGGCGUUCUCGCUCUCAUUGAAGUUCUGUGACUGACAAACAUCCCAUAAUAAUAAAGAGAAAGCUGGAUUUGUUUUCCAAGGACUUGAA